CCUUAAUGUAUAGCUUUCUGUCUCUUAGACUCAGUGAUGCUUUUUUGGGCUUUAAAAAGUUCAGAUGGUGGAUUCUGCAAUCCAUUUUGCUUGUUAAUUUGAGAAGAAUAGAAAAUCUCUAACGGUGUCCUCUGCAUCUUAUUUUUUUUGUCUGAAUGCUGUCUAAGAUAACUCCUAGUAUCAAUCGUUGAUAUGUAGCAAAAGGACACAGAUUGACAUUUCAGGACAAGUUUUUUUUUUUUUUAAAGUUUCAUUAUGACAUUUUCAUAUAUAUAGUUCUUAGUCAUAUGUGUGUGUGUGUGUGUGUGUGUGUGAAUGAAUCAUUAUGUUGUACCUUGCCAUGACAUAUAAGUAACUGUCCCCAUUAUCCUCUCCACUCUUCCCACUUGGUCCUCAUUGUUCCCCAACUAGUUAUCACAUAGAUGCAUAUAUUAUAUCAUAAAGUCUAGGUUCCACAUUAGAAAACAUGUAGUAUUUUGUCUCCUGCCCUCACUUAUUUCCCUUUCCACCUUCAGACCCCUUCCUCCUCUGACACACACACAACACACACACUCAGAUACAAACAGGAUUCUACCUCAGAGAAAACAUGAUAGUUCUGAGCCAUUAGUUUAAAACUGAAUAAAGCUCCAUGUAUAUACAUACACUGUAUCCAUUCCUCUGUCGGUGGCAUCGAGCUGGGGUCAGGAAGCACUUGAUGGAUUGCACAGGCAAGCAAAGGCACUUGUUGCUGAACCUGACUUGUGCUUAGUUUCUGGGUCCCAUGUGGUUGCGGAGCAAGCAGACUCCCACUUGGAUCACAGACUGCCUUCCUGUUUGGCUUCUGCUCUACUCCCACUCUGUUCUUCAUGGACUGGUCCAGUGGCUCGAUGCUUUUGCCCUCAGUUCAGAUCCUCUGCUUAGGUUCCCUUUAUUUCCUCUGUAUUCCUUCAGAUGCUCAUACACAGUCUGACACUUCCUGCAUCCUUUGCCUCAGUUGGUUCCUACAACUCAGAGGCCAGCUCGGAGACCCUGGAGACCAGGGCCUCACUGUCUACCUUCUGGCUUUGUGAGAUGGUACGUGUGUCUACAGGUGAGGCACACCCUGGGCCAUCUGACACGUGUUUAACUGUCAUCGCCCAAAUAGAUAGAGUGUGAUCUGUCUGUAUGGUAGAAAUAUUUGUUAUUUAAAUAAUAAUACUUAUGUUCAGUUGUAAACAUGAAUCAGGUACUGAUAAGGAGCAACAUGAAUGAAUCCAGAAGACAUCAUUUUAAAUGUAAGUUUGUUAGAGACCAAAUACUGUGUGUGUGUGUGUGUGUGUGUGUGUGUGUGUGUGUGCUUGCAGAUUUAUAUAUGUCCAUGGUCAUGUGUGUGCAGGAGUUCCAUAUGUGUAACCACGUAGGCCACAGUUUAAAGUAGGUAUUUCUGUUGUACUCCACUCACUGAACUUGCCUGUUUUUGCUAGGCUGGCUCGAUGCCUGUCACUGGGGUCUGUCUUCACUUUCCAGUGCUGUGUUUGUACCUGUCUUUUGCAUGGGUUCUGGGAAUCUGCUUGAAAAGCAAACACUUUACCCACUGAGCCAUCUCCCUGGCCUUUGUAAGCUGGUUGAUAUAAGUUACCUUUGAAGCUACUUCUAAACGCCUGAGGAAGAAAGGCAGUCGGGAUGUGUUCUUCCUACAAGUCCGGAAUCUGACAGUUUGAAGACAAGCAAUUGGGGGUUCUUGAUUACUGGGGUCAUUGGUGGUGCCCUGGUGACAGUGUAUGCUGUGACUACGCCAUUUAUCGCUCCAGCCCUCCGGAAAGUUUGUUUACCAUUUGUACCUGCAACUUCGAGGCAGGUUGAAAAUGUUGUCAAGAUGUUGCAACACAGAAGAGGACCUCUGGUGGACAUUGGCAGUGGUGAUGGACGGAUUGUGAUUGCAGCUGCAAAGGCAGGCUUCCCAGCCGUCGGGUAUGAACUGAAUCCGUGGCUGGUUUGGUACUCCAGAUACCGUGCUUGGAGGGAAGGCGUGCAUGGCUCUGCCAAGUUUUACAUUUCAGAUCUAUGGAAGGUCACCUUUGCACAGUACUCGAAUGUCGUUAUUUUUGGUGUGCCCCAGAUGAUGCCACAGCUGGAGAAGAAACUUGAGUUUGAACUUGAGGAUGGUGCUAGAGUUAUUGCCUGUCGGUUCCCUUUCCCACACUGGACUCCAGACCACACCACUGGAGAGGGUAUCGACACUGUGUGGGCCUACGACAUGAGUGCUUGUAGAACACAAGGAAAGAGGGCCUGAUUGUGAUCAGCUCGGCCAGUAGAACUUGGCAGAGACAGUGGACUGUGGGCUUCCUCAUCUGAGACGCAGAGCCAGCUCCUUGACACUGAAUGACAAGUCACCGCUGCUCUCCUUGAGAAAAUGAACAGAAGCUCAGAGAAACAUUUAAGUUUAAACUCUGCUGCUUUUUAAAGGGCAGUUUCACACAGCCUGGGUUGGCCUUGAGUUUGCUGAUGACCUUGAACUUCUGAUCCUUCCACUUUUACCUCCCCAGUAAAAUGUGCUUUUAGUGGAACAUUCUGGAUGGGCUCACUACCUUUGCAUAUACUAGGGUGCAUGAACAUAAAAGUAAGUGACAGUCUGUGGGUAAGAAGACUGUCAUCUCAGCAGCAUGGUUUGAUGGCUUGGGUGAAGAGGACGGGGCACUUAUGCAAACAUCUGCAUUUCCUGUAGUUUUGUUCAUGACUGAGAUUUAUCUCCUUUGUGUAGUUUGCAGUUAAAUUAAUUUUCUGUAAGAUUCAGAGAGUGACAUUUAGAUUUUAUAAUUCUUACAAGGAAUGUUUUACCCUAAGGCUGGUGGUGUACUAUACUCCAUUGAUUGAAUAUGUACCUGUACAACUGUGUGUAAAUGUAAAUGGACUAUGUAACACGCACAUGUUUCAACAUUGGGGUUGUGAUAAAUUGCACAUGGCUUUAAUUGGCA